ACCAAGCUUAACAACAGCUGCUGCGUCAAAGCGUGCGGAUAUAUUCAGCUUUUCUAUUAUUUCUAGUUUGUUUUAACCAUUUAUUUUCAUAAUGGGUCAUGAUUACUACGAGACGCUGGAAAUAAACAGAAAUGCAACAGACGCAGACAUCAAAAAGGCAUAUCGACGUCUUGCUUUGAAGUUUCACCCGAGCAGCAACAGAGGACCUGGAAGCAGCGAGAAGUUCAGUCAGCUGGGUGAAGCUUAUGAUGUGCUGAGCGACCCUCGAAAGAAGGCAACCUAUGACAAGUUUGGUGAGGAGGGUCUUAAAGGAGGUAUCCCACCUGAGUUUGGCAGCAGUGGUGCUUGGUCAUCUAAAUAUGUCUACCACGGGAACCCAGACAAAACAUUCAGACAGUUUUUUGGAGGCGACAGCCCAUUUGCAGACUUCUACACAAAUGAUGCACCGCUUCAGUUCGGUAGCCUGCAACCAGGAGUGGUGAAGACACAAGAUUCUCACAUAGAGAGAGACCUUCAUCUGUCCCUGGAUGAUCUCUUCCAUGGAUGCACAAAAAAGAUUAAGAUAUCUCGCAGGGUUAUGAAUGAGGAUGGAUACACAUCCAGUAUCAGAGACAAGCUCCUGACUAUAGAUGUGAGGCCUGGGUGGAAAGAAGGCACGAGAAUAACUUUCCCCAAAGAGGGAGAUCAGGGACCAAACAACAUCCCUGCAGAUAUUGUGUUCAUAGUGCGACAGAAGAGUCAUCCUCUGUUUGUGAGACAACACAAUGACCUGAUCUACAAGGCCCGGAUCACUCUGGAGAUGGCCUUGACUGGGUUCUCUGUGGAUGUGGAGACACUAGAUGGCAGGCUACUCAGUAUUCCCAUCAAUGACAUUGUGCACCCUGCGUACAACAAAGUGGUGACUGGAGAGGGGAUGCCGCUGUCCCAGGAUCCCUCCCACAGAGGAAACCUUAUCGUUACUUUUGACAUCCAGUUUCCUGAGAAGCUCUCCGCUGAGAGCAAGCAUCUCAUCAAACAAGCUCUAGCUUUUAAAUAUUGA